AACAAUGCACCUGUUUGACACUGACCAUGUGAGAUAUAUACUCAGUCAAAGCGUAUGCGAAAACUCCAUUAAAUUUAUGUAUGAAAUGUGAGAUUAUACUCAAAUCAAAGUUUGUGAGAGAACUCUUAUCACUUUUGAUUUGAAUUUUUGGCUCCGGAAUAUAUGUAUAAUUUUUACCAAAAAAAUAUAUGUAUAAUACUUUUUUGAUCACUCUGCCUAGUAGUGAUCUUGAACAAUAUACCUCGUGAUGUACAAUAAUUUUUUUGAACGGAUUAUAUAGUUAUAAACUCAUAAGAUAAACUAUAUACAUUAACUAGUGAUAAUCUAUUUGUAUAUUCAUCAAUUUGGGAACGUGCUACACAAGUAAUCGUUUAUUAACCGAUAUAAAACCAGUCCAAAAUCAGUUUACUUGCGAAACCAAAGACAGUGAUACAAUAGCCUAGUGGUCAUCUGGACCUCUCAAUCUGGGUCCAAGUAAUUUUGACUUUUGCCACUUCAAAAAAAAAAAUCUGACUUUUGACGCUAGGCCAAAUUAAGGACCACUACCAUAACCGAUAUGUUUGACGAAUUGAAGAUAUAAAAAUUCAGACAGAAACUUCGAGUUCUGUUUAAUUAGUAAGAACUGACAAGACGCGUAAGCACUAAAACAAAAGAUUUUGCCAUAAUCUUCCGGAGGAUAAAAAAACUACGUGAAUGAAAUGAACGCUUGAUUGACGAUUGUAUAGUUUGAGUGAUUAACAUGUGCUAUGUGUAUGUGUAUGCAAGUGAGUUCAUUAUUCACGUUUUCUUCUGCGGAUCUCCUAGCUCAUAUACUCAUAACAGGACUUAACUAAGAUCCUACACACCUUCAUGAUUAUCUGAAACGAAACUAAUACUGUAUGAACAGAAACAUUUGACUUUGACGUUCGAUUUUUUUUUCUUUCUUUUUUGACGUUCGAUUUUUUUUGUCCUUCGUUUAGUGACCGUAUAUCAGUUUUGAGGAAUUCAACAUUUAGAAACUCUCACAGAAACUUCCAUUGCUUUUUAAAUAGUGAAAACAGACAGAUGCUUAAACACUAAGACAAUAUCUUGCAAGGAAAAUGAAGCAGAGGAGUUCCUUACUAAUCCUCUGUUCUGUUCUCAUUGUUUUCUUUGUUGCUUCAGUUUCAGCACAAACGUGCGUACACAACGGGAAGAACUUCAUACCCAACGGUACAUAUGACGCAAACCGCCGUCUCAUCCUCUCCUCUCUUCCUUCCAAUGCCGCUGCUCAAGAUGGCUUCUACAGCGGUUCCAUUGGACAAGAACCUAGCCGAGUCUACGCGGCAGGGAUGUGCAUUCCAGGAGCAGAUGCAAAUGACUGUUCCGCUUGUAUCAAAAGCGCAUCUGACUGGUUGGUACAAGACUGUACCAACCAGACAGACGCGUAUUACUGGGCACUUGAUCCAACUCUUUGCCUUGUCCGUUACUCCAACAAUUCUUUUACAGGAUCUGCAGGUUACUGGGAGAUCGUACCUCAGUAUUUGGUCAUGAACACUGCAAAUAUCAACUCGAAUCUAACGGAGUUCAAGAAGAUAUGGGAAAGAUUGAUACAUAGUAUCAUUGCUGCAGCUUCCGCGCCAAAAAGCCGUUACAAAGCUGAUGUUGCAGCCUUGACACCUUUCCAGAAUAUAUACGCGUUGAUGCAAUGCACGCCGGAUGUUUCUUCUGGUGAUUGUGAUAAUUGUUUAAGACAAAGCGUUAUUGACUACCAAUCAUGUUGUGGAGAGAAGACAGGAGGCUAUGUUAUGCGGCCAAUCUGCUUUUUUCGGUGGCAGUUGUUUACAUUCUCUAAGGCUUUUGGUAAUAUUACGUUGGCUCCUCCUUCCCCUCAUCCUUCUCCUCCUCCUCUGCUGCAACGUCAACCAUCUUCUGCUAGCGACCAGGCCAAAAAGACAGACACUGGCAGCAGAAAUAUCUCACUGAGAACUAUUAUAGCAAUAGUUGUUACUGUUAUUGUAUUCAUCAUCAUUAUCAUUAUCAUUAUCGUCGUUGUUUUUGCUCGCCGGUCUACUCGAGGGGGAAAAUCAGACCAACAAGUUAAGUUUAAUCAAACUGGUAUGACAACUGUACGCUCCCUACAAUUCGAUUUCAAGACAAUUGAAGUUGCAACAAAUAAUUUUUCAGAGCGCAAUAAAAUUGGCCGAGGUGGAUUUGGAGAUGUUUUCAAGGGUACAUUAAUGCCUGGUGGAAGAGAAGUUGCAGUAAAAAGGUUGUCGAGAACUUCGGAACAAGGCGAGAAAGAGUUCAAGAAUGAGGUUAUUGUUAUUGCAAAACUUCAGCAUGGAAACCUUGUUAGACUUCUCGGUUAUUCUGUCAAAGGAGAAGAAAGAGUACUCGUCUAUGAGUUUGUGCCUAACAAAAGUCUCGACUCUUUCCUCUCUGACCCACUAAAGCAAGCUCAGCUAAGCUGGACUAAACGGUUCAACAUAAUCAAGGGAAUCGCUAGAGGGAUACUAUAUCUUCAUCAAGAUUCAAGGCCCAAAAUCAUACAUCGUGACCUCAAAGCAGAUAACAUACUCUUGGAAGCUGAUAUGAACCCGAAGAUUUCUGACUUUGGGACGGCAAGGAUCUUUGGUAUUGGCCAAACCAGUUCUAUCACUGAAAGGAUAUUUGGAACUGAAGGUUACAUGCCCCCAGAGUAUAGGUGCGAGGGGCAAUUCUCAGUGAAAACGGAUGUGUAUAGCUUCGGGGUCUUAGUUCUUGAGAUUAUAUGCGGAAAGAAGAAUAGGAGCUUCUGCUUCCCGGGUCCAGAUUUGGUCACAUACGCUUGGAGGUUGUGGAGAGAGGAGACACCAUUAGAACUCGUGGAUCAAACCAUUUUAGAGAAUUUUCCAGCAGAAGAAGUGACAAGAUGCAUCCACAUCGCGCUGCUUUGUGUUCAACACGAACCAACAGACCGUCCCCAUGUGUCAACAAUCGUAUCGAUGCUCACUAGCACUACCAUCAUUUCACAUGUUCCUCAAACACCCGGAUCGCUGGAUUCUUUAUACUAGAUACCCCAAACAAUCUACAAUCAUGAAAUCCAACUCUCAAACUACCAAUGAUGGAACUUGAUCUCAUUCCCUUGAGAGACAUUGGAACUGUUUUACGUUAAACCAUGUUUCAAGUAUUUCAGUUAUUCAAAAGUUAUGUACGUGUGAAUUUGUUAACUUAUCACAGUUAUUUACACUAUUUUAUU